CGCGGGCCAAUUUAUUGAUCCACUCUCUUUUUUCUCUACACCUUAUACUUUCCUUUAUGUCAAAACAAAUCCAACUCAACAAACAAGUCGUGCUACUUGUGAGCGCUUUGGGCCUUGGUGCCGUCGCUUACCUGGCCAGCCAAUUCUUCUUUGGCAGCAGUAGCAACGCUUCCUCGAAACAUACUCCUGACGUUCCCCAAAGCAAGGCCCAACAGAUCACCGAAGAAAAUCCAUCCAAUUUUGCAAAAACCAUGAAGAAACAGGAUCGUAAAGUAGUCAUCUUCUACGGUUCACAAACAGGUACUGCAGAAGACUGUGCAGAACGUCUUGCCAAGCAAUGCAAGAAGCGGUUCAAUGUCCCUGCCUUGGUACUCGAUAUCGAACAAUGUGGCAUGGAAUACCUGGAUCAGAUCCCCGAGGACAGCAUCGCAAUCUUUGUCAUGGCCACCUAUGGUGAAGGCGAACCCACAGACAAUGCUCAAAUGUUUUGGGAAUUCCUCGACAGCGACAGCCCUCAGUUCUCACAUGGCGAAGAUCUCAACAACCUCCGCUACUUCAUUUUCGGACUCGGAAACAGCUCGUAUACAUACUAUAAUUGGGUUUCCAAGACCGUCGACACGAAGCUUACUGAAUUUGGUGCCACCCGUAUUGGCGAGCUUGGCUUGGGUGACGAUGAAAAGUCUUUAGAGGACGAUUUUGAAGCUUGGCAAGAAGAGCAGUUGUGGCCUCUGUUUGGCGAAGCCAUUCAGGCUGAUGCUGCAAGCCAGGACAGCAAUGCUAUGCCUGAGACUACGUACAAGGUUGUUGAAUUGGACCAGACGAACAAUGGCAGCAGCCACGUGUAUUGUGGUGAGUUGGGCGAUCUGUCGCAGAUAGCAUGGGGUGCCAAGAAGCCAUACCCUGCACCCAUUACUUCGCGCGAUUUGUUGAAUGGGUCGGACCGUCACUGUUUGCAUCUCGAGGUCAAUAUUAGCGGCACGGAUAUAAAAUACAACACGGGCGACCAUAUUGCGAUCUGGCCAACGAACAGCGAAGACGAGGUUUUCCGACUGGCUCGCGCCUUUGAUUUAGAAGACAAGCUCGACACGAUUAUUUGCGUCACUGCUGCGGACGAGUCAUCUGCCAAGAAGUCGCCUUUCCCUCAGCCAACCACCUAUCGUGCCAUGUUCCGCCACUACUUGGAUAUCUGCCAAAUGCCAUCAAGAGACGUGCUAAAGAUGGUUGCUCCCUACGCACCUACACCAGAAGCAGCUGACACUAUGAACAAGUUGGCAAGCGACAAGGAGGAGCAUCGACGUGUUGUCAGUGAUUCGGCUCGCAAUUUGGCCGAGGUGCUGCAUUAUGCGUCAACGGGCUCAGCAUUCCGCGUUCCGGGUGAUGUUUUGGUGGAAUGCUUUAGCCGUCUGCAGCCUCGAUACUACUCCAUCUCAUCCUCCUCCAGCGAAAGCCCCAGCUCGGUCAGCGUUACCGCCGUCACUCUCAAGUACAGACCCGACCCCACUCCCGAGCGUACUGUGUAUGGCGUAAACACCAACUAUCUCUGGGCUGUCCACAAGUCUCUCCAUGACGAUGACGAGGCUAUCCAGGUCGAAACAGAGUAUUUUGUCCAAGGUCCCAACGGUAGCUAUUUUGAUGAAAAGCUCAAAGCUGCCAAGCUGCCUGUCCAUAUCCGCCAAUCCAAUUUCAAGUUGCCUGUCGACGAUACAAAGCCCGUCAUCAUGGUUGGACCUGGUACUGGUGUUGCUCCCUUCCGUGGGUUUGUCCGUGAACGUGCAUAUCGUAAAAAGAAUCAGGCCAAAUCCAUUGGCCCGACCAUCCUCUACUUUGGCUGCCGACGACAAGACGAAGACUUUCUGUACAAGGACGAGUGGCCCGCCCUUUUCAAUGAAUUGGGUGGCUCUUCUCGAUUGGUCACUGCAUUCUCUCGAGAGACCGAUCGCAAGGUCUAUGUUCAAGACAAGCUCUGUGAAAACGGCCAAGAGACUUGGGAUCUCAUUGCCAACCAGGGUGCUUAUGUUUAUGUCUGUGGUGAAGCUAAGCGGAUGGCCAAGGAUGUGCAGGCAGCUAUCACGGGUUUCGCAAAGCAAUACGGUGGCCUUGACGAUACUGCUGCAGCCGAUUAUAUCAGCAACCUUAGAGAUGCUGGCAGAUAUCAAGAAGAUGUUUGGGCAUAGAAAAAACUUUAAAAUCUUAUCCACUAUUACCUCCCUUUCCGUACGACACGUCUUCCCUGCAUCAGCAUCAUCAUCAUCACUACCAGCAACAACAACAACAGCAUCAUCACCAUAGCGGCUUCUUUAAAAAGCUCAUCACAUAUAUUCCCCUCUUUGCAUUCAUGACUUUUGUUGUUCAUAGAUUGUAUUACCAUCCCCC